GUCCCGUGCGGGGGGGUUCGAUUCACCGGAAAUUCGCGACGAAGGUCACGGAGUUUGUGGAAGUUGUGAGCAUCAGGACUCAGGACCCCUCUGUGCAAUUCUGUGGAGAGAGUCACGGAUUUUCCCCGUCGAACGGAAUUUCCCGAUAGACUCUCUCAUAUUGAGUUUCCCCGAAUUCCCGACCUGUCGGACGUUUCUCGUCAGUGGCGCAACGUGCGGAGUGUCGGAACAGCUGACCUCCGAAGCGCACGAGACCGUGUUAGUAAUGUGGUGAAAGUCGAGCCAGUAAAUUUGUACUGAAUCCGAGUUCUCCGUUAAGUUCGGGAGUUCGGACCUGGAGGUGCCGAACAUGGAAGAAGCCAGAGCUACUUCUACAUCCGUUAGCGCGACCCCAUCUGCUCCGAGGAAGGCCAAAGACUUCAGUGUUCGAUCUCUGCUGGAGGACGUCGCUCCUCCACCUGAACCGGUCCCGCUGCCUAUAAUCUCCCCCCUGUACUAUCAGCAUCUAUAUCAACAGAUUCUGUUGCAACAACAGCAGCAGCAACAACAACACCUGGGUCUACCAUGGAACCCUUUGGCGAAUGGUUUAGGACUCGGGCUGGGCUUGCCCCAGCCGGCAUUGACUCUGCCUCCUCCAGCAUCUUCGAUUCCGUGUCUUGGCACAGCACCAGUGAAAGACGAUGGCAUACGAGAUGAGCCUCAAGUGAAUCUCGAGGCGAAAGACCUCUGGGACAAAUUCCACGCUUUCGGGACAGAAAUGGUCGUCACGAAAUCUGGGAGACGCAUGUUCCCGCCCUUCAAAGUGCGUCUGGCUGGACUGAACCCGAAAGCCAAGUACGUGAUGCUGAUGGACAUCGUCGCGGCCGAUGAUUGUCGUUACAAAUUCCAAAAUCGUCGAUGGGUCGUCGCAGGCAAAGCCGAUCCCGAGAUGCCGAAACGAAUGUACAUUCACCCCGAUUCACCGGCGACAGGAGAGCAGUGGAUGCAGAAAGUGGUCUCUUUCCAUAAACUCAAACUCACCAACAACAUCUCGGACAAACACGGUUUCACGAUAUUGAACUCAAUGCACAAGUACCAACCCCGGUUUCAUCUCGUUCGCACGGGGGACAUUAGCAAGCUGCCGUGCUCACCUUUUAAAACAUUCGUGUUCCGUGAAACGGAGUUCAUCGCCGUUACUGCGUACCAAAACGAAAAAAUAACUCAACUGAAAAUCGACAACAACCCGUUCGCGAAAGGCUUCAGAGAUACGGGCGCAGGGAAAACCAAUAAAAAGAGGUCUGCGGGCGAGCAGGAUUCCAGCGAAGAAGACGAAGGGAUAGAGAGCUCGUCGAGUUCCAUGCUGCAGAUACACACGGACUUCGAUGUUGUGACCGCUCUGCGACAACAGCAUGAGGAUCGGAUGUCGGUCGCGUUUCCUGGCUACGGCGGGCACGGUUUCGCAACUAAACCUAUGUUCUCCUUCGGGCCCAGGGGAGAAGUACCUGGAGAAGAUACAGAAAUAACUUCGAGUGGAUCACAUGCUCUCAUACGGUCGGCGGACGACCAGCUGAAAAGUAUCCAGAAAAUGGUGUCGGGAUUGGAAAAACGGCAGGAGCAGCUGGCGAUGAUGUCCUUAUCGCGCUUGGGCGACAAAUAGCCAUUGUGUGCCUGAGACUUCUAGUCAGGGAUCGUCAACUCAAGCGAAUAUGGAUACACCUGGAGCCAUCAAUGAAAACUCUCGACGGGUCUCGACCGGAGCGCGGUUGCAGAAAGCAAUGAGUUGAACUUUCCAGCGCACAAAACGAACGAGUGUAUUGCAUGGAGUCUUUAUUCUAUGACUACGCUCGUUCAAAACCCACCCGGACGGGAGUGGAAUUCGUCGACCAUGGAUCCGGCAGCUAAGCGACUCUCGAACGGGACGCAUGAAAUCAAUGGAG